UUCCGGGUGUUGCACUGAUCGGUGUAACCAUCGUAAACGUCCGUGUGCAACAUAUAAAACAGAACUAUUUACUAUAGCAAGUGAAUUUGUGGACGUAGGUAAUUUUUGGUAGAAAAACGCAGUUUUCUAACUAGUUUGCAAAUUGUUUUUAAAUGUUUGAACAUGGAACAGAAGUUAGCAGAGUUCAGAGCUCGAAGGAAAGCCGAGAAGCAACCAACGAAAAGCGAAAAUCAAGCUGAAAGUUGCUGCUGUGAGACUCCCAAAGCUCCGACUGACUCGAGCACGUCCACUGAGUCCCACAGCAAUGGACAAGAGGAAAACAGAGACUGGUUGCUGGACAGCGCUGUUGGCCGCUGGCUCGGCGUGCAGCGUUUGGCUUUCACCAAUCUGACCAUGCUGAAGGUGUUACUGUGGCUUGUGUUGCUGGGUCUCUUCUCUGAGCUGGACUUUGGGCUGCCCUUCUUUCUCCUGUCUCUGUUUUACUGGCUUUAUGAAGGUCUGCGGAGUCCAGGGGCGAGAAGGCCUGGUGAGCUGAGCGCCUAUUCGGUGUUUAACCCCAACUGUCAGCCCAUCCUGGGCACACUCACUGCAGAACAGCUGGAGGGAGAGAUGGGUUACAGACCAUUAAACAGCAGAGUGAAUACAUAACACACUACUGCCAAACUUCAGAAUGAACACGGCUGAAGUUUGGAUCACCCUGUAGAAAGAUGUAAUGUAUUUUACGCCAAACACCACACACAUACACUUUAUAUACACACACACACACACACACACACACACACACACACACACUUUACAGACAAGGCCAUGAGUAACAUAGUAAAUUAGGUUUUGAGUAUUAGCUGAUACCCUAUACUAAGCUUUCUUGUGCCAAAGUUAAGUCUAACUAAGUUAGGUUUGUAUAUACAAAACCUAACCUGACAAAACCUGGUCAGUGACUGUUUAAUAAUAGUAACCGGUUUAUUAGGAUAAAAAAAAAAAAAUUAUUUCAAAUGUUUUAACCCUUUCAUGCAUCAGUUGUAACAACCUAAAUCAGGAUUUUCCCCUCGUUGUUGUUAUUCUUCUUUAAAAGGUAAAAAUAAAAACUAUGGGACAUGAUACAUUUGAAUGUUCAAUAUCAAGUAAUAUCCUACUGAAGAGAACACAAUUAUGUGAAAAUUAAGAACAUAAAUAAGAGCUGGCAUUGUCGAUAAUAGGCUGAUACCAGCAAAAUAAAUAAAUAAAAUAAAAAAUAAAAAGGUUGAUCUGAUACUGUAACAAAUGGAGACUGGAAUUGGAUUUGAAAAUUUAUUUUUGGAUCUGGAAAUGUUUAGAUGUAAAGAGACUUGACUGUUUUUUCUUUUGUUAUGGUUGAUUACAUUUAUACUUUAUUAUAUUUACAGUGCAAGUUAUUUUGAUGUGAAAGAAUUUAACUGUAAAGUGCUUCAGUUAAACUUGUCCAGAAAGCUUGUUUCUCAUAACAGUUUUAGUCAACAGAGUUUUAUUAUGUUAAAUGCCAGUCUUUUGCUCUCCCACAACACACAACCCACGGCCUGGUACCAGUCUGAAGCGUGUGGUCGGAAACCCCUGCACUAGCAUACCAAACGUGACAAAGCUGCAAAUACUCAGGUCUGAAUAGUUGUUAAUAUUUUUGAUUUUUUUAAAAAUAUAUAUGUAGCUGUUUAUGUUUUUUAUUUUCAUUAUUUAAAAAAGUUUAGAAAUUAAUUUAAAAUUUAGCCAAUUCAAAAUAAGACUGUAAAUAAAAAAAGAAAUAAAAUAUCAGUUCACAUGUAAUGUUGAAAGCACUUUUCACACUUCAGUGUGUCCAACAGACAUGUUAUUUUCUACUUAUGAGUCAUGGAUAUUGCGUAGAGACUCUAUAGUCUGUACCAUCCAUGCACCUCAUUCAGGUCAGUAAUGGACCUUGAGUGUUUUUGAGAAGCUCAUUAAUGAAAGGCAUCAUCAUCUUCUUGUAUUCUUCACUGAGGGAUUUGAAAAACAGCCAUUUCCAGGCUUUAGCUUCCACAGACAGACAUUUUUAGUGGAGCUACAGAAUAAAAGUGAAAAGUUUAAAAAGAUGCAGAAGCAACAAAUCUGUAUGGCUCAUUUGGAAAGGUACACAUUUGAAGGCAGGUAAUCCUGUUAUAUCGUCUUCAUUAGAUAAUGAGACAACAACGACAGUACCAUCUCGGUGCAGCCAUUUUAUUUGAUUAUGUUUACUAUUGAAAGUGAAAACUAAUGUUCUGUAAUGUGUUUGACAGUAUACACCCAACUGUUGACAACUCAAUAAAGCUUAAAAGGAUGA